ACGCGGCGAUGGUGCCGCAGGGUGCCAAGGACGACCUCACCAUCGUCUACCACCCGUGCAAGCGCUACCGCCGCCCGCCCGCGCGCCGCCACAAUCCGCUGCUCGACACCAUCAGCUGCAUACAGGACGCGUGUGAUUCGGAUCAAGAGUUGGGGCCGCCGGUCGGCGCACCGCCGGGCCGCUCGACGGCGCAGAGGCUGGACAACGCAGACAAGGACUCCAUCGGCUACGCGGGCUCCAACUCGAUCGACUCGGGCUACAAGAGCUCGUGUCCCACGCCGGAGCCCGGCGAUGCGGGCCUGCUGCUGUACGCCGGCGACAGCAAGCGCUCCUCCAUCGCCGCGUCGGCGCAGAAGCCGCGCAUUGCCAUGGGCACCAAGGUCAUCAACAGGCACUCGCACCCGCAGUACGCGGGGCGGGACUUGGACCACCUCAUGUACCUGCGGCAGUCGAUCCUGAGCGCGAUGCAGCGGUACGAGCGCCAGGGCAGCGGAGGCGGCGGCGGCGGCUCGCGCACGCACUCGCCGUCGCCCAGCGCGUCGCCGGCCGCCUGCCGCCUCGCCACGGCCGAGGAGGACAUCGACACGCUCCUGUACGGCCAGCCGUGCAGCUACGUCACCAUGAUCGAGGACAAGUACCGCCGCUCCAGCGUCGCCAGGGUCAAGAAGCUCAGAGAGAAGAGCCGCAGUGGCGGCCCGGCGGGCGCCGCGUCAUCGUCGAGCAGCGACAGUAGCUGCGCGGCCAGCCCAAGCGCCAGCGCCAGCGCCAGUCCGACUCGGCUGCCGGCGCUGAACGCGGUGAAUAUGCCGCUGCCGCUGCCGCUGUCGCUGGUGGCCAAGUGCAUGCUGGAGAUCAUCGAGGACCUGCAGAACCAGACGCAGUCGCCCCCCGAGCCGGCCCCGUUGCCGCCGUCGCAGCAGCCGGCCACCGAGUACCACGUGUACGAGGAGAUAAUGUACGAGAUGACGACGAGGCCGCGCGACGACCCGAAGCGCGUGCCGCCGCCGCUGCCGGCUCGGCCGCGCAGUUUCAAGCCGGCGGCCAGCCGCCCCAAGCAGCGCAGCAACCUCUACUCGCUGUUCCGCGAGCAGAGCGCUCGCCGCAACAUCUCGCAGUCGCUCGAGAAAGAGUUCCGCCGCGCGCGCCGCCAGUACUCGUCCUCCUCCUCCGACGAGGAGUACGGUUUCCGUGUGCACACGCAGUAGAUCACCCUACCGCAUAUAUAUUCAUAUUUGUGUAGAACCCCUGUCCGUAAAAGUCGUUAGCUAUGAUUUGUAUAAUACCUAAAUUUCACGUACGACGGCCUGGGUAGUGUUACAGGCGGAGGAACAUUCCCGCUGUAACACGAACGCGACAAUAUUUUAAGACUCCUUAUACGUCUGUAAUUGGAAAAUGGCAAAACCGUACCGUGUGUCAUCUGACAGUGUACGACGAAUACAGAAAACUGGAUGUGAGUACCAAACGCGAACACAUUUUCAGUGUGCAGGGACAGACACUACUGAUGUUGUUCUCUCGCCUAGGCACUGUUGCCCGACUCUUUUAGUUCCUGAAUAUGUUUAUAAUCCUUUUUAUUCUAUUCUUCUCUUCGUGCAAAUUAUGCCGAGAAAGAACGUGGCAGAAGCUUGUGUACAACGAAAAGUGUUAAAAGGUAGUCCUACAGUCUCAGCCUCAUUAUUCACGGUGCUGGGUGCCGGUUUACAACGAAGACUGUGUACGUGACACUCUACAAUGAAAGGGGCUAUGAUGAUAAAUUUGAAACUAGUGAAACUUUGAAUCUAAAUGUCUUAUCCGAACUGAGGUCGAGGUUUCGCUAGCAGACUCUCAAACUAAUAUAAAGUGUGUAAAUAGUACAACUUCUGUGACUAUUCAAACAUUAUUAAGUAUCUGUCAUAAUUUCCGAGCUACUCCUGAACGCAGCUGUUGAACUUGAUACACGCUCAAAAACGUCUCUGAUGAACAUAGAAUGAUUAUGGUUAAAUCAUUAUUUUACGAAAAUUUUCAUGAAAUUGUGAAUUAUUUAGGUUAAAGUUCGAAUGACUAAUUCAGUGAAUAAAUGUGCAUGUACGUGUCAUUUUUUCCUCGAAAAAGCUAUUAACAUCACAGCCUCAUGUUGUCUGAGUGUCAUUAGCUCAAAACUGUCUCAAUUCAAAAUUCUACGAAGCUGUAGUAUACCUUCUAGUUCCUCCCACAACGACCUAAACUAAUGCCGAUGUCUUGUAAAUAAAAUGUUAUAUGUGUUUAUU